UCGAAGCUCUCGCGCACACACGCACACAGCACAGAGAGAGAGAGAGAGAGAGAGAGAGAGAGAGAGUCGGGAGCUAGGGUUCGUCGCAAACGCAGCACGAAGACCGGGGUCGCGGAGGAGCGAUGGGCCGGAUCGAUCUCCGCCGUAUGAUGGUGAUCUCGGCGAUCCUGAGGCUCGCCCUGGUGGUCUACGGCGAGUGGCAGGACGCGCACAUGGAGGUGCGGUACACUGACGUGGACUACAUCGUCUUCUCCGACGCCGCCGCCAUGGUCGCCGCGGGGAGGUCCCCCUUCGAGCGCUCCACCUAUCGCUACUCCCCCCUCCUCGCCUUCGUCCUCGUCCCCAACUCCACUCUCCAUCGAUCCUGGGGGAAGCUCCUCUUCUCGAUCGCUGAUCUUCUGGUGGGAUUCUUCAUUGACACUAUUCUGAAGUUACGCGGCGUGCCUAAGGAACUUCGCCUCUGGUCUGUGGCAGUUUGGCUUUUCAAUCCCUUCACUUUCACCAUUGGUACUAGAGGAAACUGUGAGCCCAUUGUUUGCGCCAUCAUCCUCUGGAUUAUCAUUUGUCUUAUGAAUGGUAAGGUGUUCCAGGCAGCAUUUUGGUAUGGACUUAUUGUUCAUUUCCGAGUAUACCCAAUCAUAUAUUCACUCCCUUUUGUCCUGGUUCUAAGUAAACUGAACAUUGAUCCUUCUGGGAGGACUGUUCUUGUUCAGUGGAGUUCUCAACAAAACUCAUUGUACAAAAGUUCCACCAAAAUAGCUGUAAAACCUUCAUCAUGCUGGAUGGCUACAUGGUGUUUCCUCCGAAGCAUUAUAACAAGACACACAAUACUAUUUGGGUUGUUCUCUGGAGCUGUGUUCUUCUUUUGGACUGCGCUUUUCUUCCAUCUCUAUGGUUGGGAUUUUUUAAAUGAAGCGCUGCUGUAUCAUCUCACACGAACUGAUCCGAGGCACAACUUCUCUAUAUAUUUCUAUUACAUCUAUCUGAAUCACCAGCUGGGUUUCUCAACUUUAGAGAAGCUUAUAUCUUUCCUACCACAGCUGAUGGUGCAGUUUGCCCUCAUCUGGCGCUUCGGACUAGACCUUCCAUUUUGCCUUUUUUUGCAGACAGUCGCCUUUGUUGCUUUCAACAAGGUUAUUACCGCUCAGUACUUUGUGUGGUUCUUUUGCCUUUUGCCGCUGAUUCUCCCUUGGAUCAGUAUGAGACUCAAAUCUAGAGGUUUGAUAUGCAUCUUAGUGUGGAUGGGAUCUCAAAUUCAUUGGCUAAUGUGGGCUUACCUGCUUGAAUUCAAGGGAAAGAAUGUCUUCAUACAACUUUGGUUAGCGAGCCUGCUGUUCUUUGCUGCAAACAUUUUUGUCAUGCUUAUGAUUUUUCACGACUAUAAAUAUUCUCCAAUUUUCACCCCAUUAACGGGUUCUGAUGUUGGCAAUUCUAAAAAAGUGGAGUGACUAGUUCCUUUUCUUUCUUUCUUUUCUGUUUUGUCAACUUUUCCACUUGUUGUCUAACUAAUCUUACAUUGGGCAAACUGAUUAUGCUUUUUUCUCUCUUUUUGCCUCUGAAUAUUUACUGUUGGGGAGUUAGUUACA